ACGUUGUCUUUGAACUGUGCGCCUUUUGGCGUCAUCUGGUCGAACACCAUAUGAGACGAGGCUCUAAAGAAAGCUGUCUCUGGUGUGGACCAAUCAGUUUCAAAGACAAUGCAUAAAUUAUCAGAGUAUUGUUUUUUGUUUGCAUUUGACUGCAAGUAUUGUGGUUAAUGUAAGCAUGAUUCCUUGCAAAAGGUGUCAGUUUUGUUGCCAGAAAAAAGGGGAAAAACCCUAUUAGUAAAUCCCUGUGACCCUUCAACAAUCCCCGUGACCCGGACGGCAAGUGGAGGCCCGGGUGCUGCAGCAGAUUGACAGCAGGGCUGCUCAUGUACACGCACUCGCGACGCGAGCACCUCUCCCUGGCAUGGAGUCCCGUGUGCGUGUGUCGACGCUGCGUAUGUCUUGUGCUCAGAUGAGGCCGAGUCCGUCGAGUCAUGGCUGUCGUGGUUCUGCUCGCUGGUCAUCACGUCCCUGACGUUCGUCUUCGUGCUGCUCACCUUCCCGCUGUCCGUGUGGUUCUGCCUCAAGGUACCACGUCCCGGCGUCACGAGCGCCCGCGGCGCUCCCCACCGUCGGGUCUCGGAAGCCAUGCAGGGUUGAGGCUGGAUAGCGCUCCGAUGGGUCACCGCCACGCGCAAACAGGUUGCCGUAGGGGCUGCGGGGAUCGUGGACGGCAGAGGACGGUUGUGCCGCUGCACGAGCGCAUCGUGGUGUUCCGCCUGGGGAGGCUGCGCGCGCCGCUGGGCCCCGGCGUCACGCUCGUGCUGCCCUGCAUCGACCGCUGGCGCCGCGUGGACACGCGCCCGCGCGCGUUCAACGUUCCUCCUUGUAGGGCGAUGACACGGGACGGCGCGCUGGUGUCGGUGGGCGCCGACGUGCGCGUGCGCGUGCACUGCCCCGUGCUGCUGCUCACCGCGGCGCAGGACGUGAACCGCUCCUCGCGCAGCGCGGCGCACACGGCGCUCGCCUCGCUGCUGCCCCGCCACUCGCUGCACGAGCUGCAGAGCGAGAGCGCCAAGAUGGCCGACGAGCUCGCGCUGGAGGUGACCAAGGUGACGGAGCCGUGGGGCCUGGAGGUGGAGCGCGUGGAGCUGGCGCUGGAGGCCGUGCUGUGCUCGCCGGGCGCGACCGGCCUCUCUGCGCCGCUGCUGCCGCCGUGCGUGCCGGGCCUCACUCCCGAGGCGUGGGGAGCGCUGGCCGGGCCGGUGCAAACCAUCCUGGGCGGCGUGAUGGCAAUGAGCGACCGGCAGGCGGCAGGGCGCGACGCCGGAUGCUCGCUGCAGGCGGCGAGGUCCGCGGUGCAGGAGGGAGGGGAGGGGGGCGACAACGGUGACGACGCGCUGCUGGCGGCCGUCGGGCCCCUCCUGUGCGAGUCGCUGGUGGAGAGGGUGGGCGCCGUCUACCGGUUCGACGUGCAGUGUCGUGACGGCUCCUGCCGGACCUACCACCUGGACCUCAAGACCGGAUCGGGGGCCGUGGGACGAGGGCCCCCCCCCGCGGCGGCCCAGCCUCCAGACGCGGUGCUGGAGAUGACGGAGCACGACCUGGUGGCCGUGAUGAGCGGGCAGCUGCGUCCGCUCACCGCCUACAUGAGCGGGCGACUCCGCAUCAGCGGAGACCUGGGAGCCGCCACGCGCCUCGAGGAGGUGGCCAAGGCGGCCUGCCACCUCUAGCCACCCGGGAACACCCCCAGCUGGGCCACCCCACCCAGGGCCACCCCCACCCAGGGCCACCCCCACCCGGUUGCCAGCCCCAGGUUGGGCCACCCCCACCCAGGCCAUUUCCAGCUGGGGCCACCACCACCUGGGGCCAUGCAGUAGACUCACCUGUAGACACAGUCAGCCGUAGACACUCACCUGUAGACACUCUCACGUGACAUCACCGCGCCGCAUGCAAGCCGCUCACCGCCUUGGUUCACGACGGCUCUCGUUCGUUCCCAGGCCCCCCCGUACGCGCUCGUCCGUCUGGUGAGAGUUGCGGAGUCUUCCGCUUGGUUUCGGAUCCGACACGAGAGCUGUUUUGAUUGCAUCUUCCUUGAAUUAUUGUGGUGUAUUUUAUAUUUACGCUAUCGUUAUCGUGCAAAGGCUAUGGUGGUGGCGCCUUCUCGCAGACGAGUAGAGUCCGCCAGCAGGGAGGGACAUAGCGAUGUGGGUUUUUCCCAAAUGAAGGUGAACGUAAUCUUCACAAUUCGGCAAAUUUGGACGGCGACGUCGGCACGCGUGGCCUCCCACUCUGUCAUGAAUGACAACGCGGGAUCUUUAACGUCGACUGUGAAGCAGGCAGCGCGUAGCAUUUCCCUUCAAUAACGCACGCUGCAGUGUUAACCAGGACGGCCGCUCGCCUCGAACCGCUGCGAUGGAGGUUCGACGGCACCACCGCUGGGCCACGGCCAUCGCCGUCCCGGGUGUUGCGUGUUUAACUCUAUUUAUUUCUCCAUGGGCGGGGGGUUCGUUUGUAAAUUUUUGUUCCGCAGUGGUAAUGUUUGCGUACAUCUGCACUUAAGCGCGUGCGUUACAACUUCAGCAACGAGCCUUCGCGUGGAGUUUUUAAAAUAUUUUUAUUUAAAGCUCGUCUUUUGAUAUUUUUCUGUGCGAAGUUUAAUGCCGUGUCCCUCGACCGCGAGACUUUGGUCCGAGGGCUGUCUUUCUCACCCAGGGCAUCGCGUGCAUCUUGAAAUCAAAAAUGCUCAUGGCAGUCAAAUUAUCUGUUACUGUUUUUUAAAUCAAACGUUCCAUAAAUUAUUCCAUGUCAAAAAUG